AUGUCCGAGUCUCUUCAUCCCUCGCCUACGAUACUGAUCGAUAACCUCCCCGCCAAAACGCUGGUGGGAGUCGACCUCUUGGCUUUCACCUCAGCUCCAAACUUCCAUGGCAUAAAAGAACUCCCGCCUGGAGUACACAUACUUUACACAGGCACAACUGACAGUUUUUCAUUGCGAAGCGGAGAAUGGUUUACAGUCCCAGAUCCCAAUGAGGGUGAACAGACUGGUUCAGGUAUCGAUGUUCGGCUGAGGCAUUGGGACAAGUCCACAGAGUUACUGGCUUUGGUAGACGAAAGUAAAGAUGAAGGGAGGCAACUUGCAAUGCAGCAGCGGGCUAACCUCAGUCAAAUAUGGGCUGCUGGUGGGCUACUGUCAUAUAAGUCUCGAACGAACAAGGACAACCAAGAAGAAACCACUGAUACCACACUUGCACAUUGCGAAUGGAAUAGCCUUUCAGGCUACAUAACUCCGUCAGUUUUAGAGCGAAUACUGGGUCGCGCGGAGCUGGAUUCUGAAGAGAGAUCUAGGUGGACAAUUUCUUCUGGAAGCUCGGCUGCGAGAGAUAGUGACAAGAUACCUGGCCUUGCUAGGCAAGCGGAUACCCAAAUGCGCGGUAAUUUGGUAGAAGACGAAAAGGAGCUACGAUUCUUGCCGGUCGAUUUGAAGAAUACUUGGCCACCUGGGGCUGUGGGACCUGAACGAACAGAAGCAGCUCGGGAUCGCUCAUGGGCACUGGGAAAUAUAUGCGAAUGGGCUACAUACAAUAGCAGAGCCACAGGAAGAAUUAUUAGUGAGGACAGCCUGAGCGAGGGAGAGUUGCAGAUUCUAGGUGAACUGCAGAUUACAUUUCUCACUGCACUGACAUUGAUAAAUUUCUCCUGCCAAGAGCAAUGGAUGAGAUUAAUACAGUUGAUAUUCACAUGUCAAAAGGCCGUCGAGGAAAGACAAAGCUUCUUUAUAGAGGUCCUGCGUCUCCUGAAGCUACAGCUAGCGCAUAAUGACGAUGUCGAGGGAGGUCUGUUGGAGAUGGAUGGAGACGAUGGCAAUACCAUUGUGAAAAAGAUAUUGAUGAAGUUUAGGAGGAUAAUAUACGAUGAUUUGACUGCUGAUAUAUCGGCAGUGAAGGCAGAGUUUAUCAAUCUGGAGAAAUGGGCAAACGAAGAAUACGGGUGGGAGCUGGCAAAGGAGUCAACGGUGCGAAGGGGUAUGGUCGAAUUGGAAGACGGAGAGCAAGUCGAACUGGAGGUCAACGGUGCUGAAGAAGAGGAUGAAACGGGUGAUUAUGCUCCGGUAAUUGUUGACCUCGAAGAAGCUGGAGAGCCUGAAGCUGAGGAUGUCGAGGAUGUCGAGGAUAUGAUUAUGUUGGACCAACGCAUGUAG